AUGGGCUCACUGCUGCUGUGGCUGCUGCUGUCCUGGGCCGGGCUCUGGGGGCUGGGGAAGUUUGGGCAGGGCGUGAAGACGCAGGGGGGCUCACCUGCUCAACUCCCCCCAGUGUCCCAGAAUCCAGGUGCCAUGAAGUGGAACAUGCUCACGACACCCUGCGGGCUCCGGCAUAUCCACGAGCGCGUGGUGGGAGGCCAGAACGCGGUGCGCGGGUUCUGGCCGUGGCAGGGCAGCCUGCGCUUGCAGAAAAGCCACCUGUGCGGAGCCAGCCUGCUCAGCCGCCGCUGGGCGCUCACGGCAGCGCACUGCUUCAGAAAGUCCAUGGAUCCUUCAGACUGGAGCAUCCAGUUUGGUGAGCGGACUUCCCAGCCAUCUUCCCUGAACGUGCGGGCCUACUACAACCGUUACCAGGUGGAGAGGAUAGUGAUGAACCCCAACUUUGGAGGGCAGUCACCCUAUGACAUUGCCCUGUUGAAACUGGCUUCCUCCGUCACCUACAAGAAGAACAUCCAGCCGGUCUGUGUAGUGGACUCCACCAUGGAGUUCCAGAACCGGACUGACUGCUGGGUGACUGGCUGGGGGAGGAUCCAGGAGCAUAAGGAGCUGGAGCCUCCAUACAACCUCCAGGAAGUUCAGAUCUCCAUCAUAAACACCACCACGUGUAACCACCUAUACUAUCAGUCUGGUUUCCGCUCUAUAAUCUGGGGUGACAUGGUUUGUGCAGGCACUGAGGAUGGCACCAAAGAUGCCUGCAAUGGUGACUCAGGUGGACCCUUGGUCUGCGAACUGGACAAUGUGUGGUAUCAGAUUGGAGUCGUGAGCUGGGGUGUUGGCUGCGGUCGCCCGAACCGGCCUGGCGUCUACACCAACGUCAGUGAGCAUUUCCACUGGAUCCAGGAUCUGAUGGGCUGCGGCCCGCCAGGGACAGGCCUGUCCUCGCUGCUGCUGCUGCUGUCUCUGCUCUGGGCGCCCCUGCUCCUGCAGCCAGCCUGA